GAUUUAAUAAUCAGGUAAAUGUUUCAUAUUUAAUUUAAUACUUAAUUAAUUGUCAGUUGCUAAACACUUGCACUGAUAAACUUUGGUUUCGAGAGCAAUCUUCAUCUUCACAGUUAUUUAAACCUAAUUAAAGCUUGUUGAUUAUUUAGUUGAAGGAGAGACAUAUUACUGUUAAUUACAUAUUAGUGUUUUUUUGGAGUCAAAUAAUUUUGAUUAUGAUCGAUUUGGACGAUAAAACGGCUUUAAUUACUGGCUCUAGUGAUGGGAUUGGAGCAGCAACAGCUUUACUUUUCUCAUCUUUAGGCGCUAAAGUGGCCAUUGUUGGACGGGAUAAAGCUAAAUUGAAUAAAGUGGCUGAACGAUGUGAAGCUAAAUCACCUCAUAACUACAAACCUGUUGUCAUAAAAGCUGAUUUUGCCAAAGAUGAAGACGUCGUAAGAACCUUUCAAGAGACAAUCUCAGUUUUUAAAAAGUUGGAUAUUUUAGUCAACAAUGCUGGCAUUGCCUCAACCAAAGCGUUUGGUGAUCCUGAUUAUCUUAAUGAUUAUGAUCGAGUUAUGCAAAUCAAUGUGCGAGCUGUUGUCCGUUUAACUGAAUUGUGUGUUCCACAUUUAACCCGAGAUUAUGGAUCUAUCGUUAAUGUUUCAAGUGUUGCUGGUUUGAGACCGAAUCCUGGAUCUUGGUCUUAUUGCAUGUCAAAAGCUGCUCUUGAUAUGUUUACAAAGUCUAUGGCUGGUAAACUGGCUCCACACAUUCGAGUGAAUUCAGUCAAUCCAGGUGGAACCCGAACUAAUUUCUUCUCUUCUCGACCCGAUCCAAAAGCCAUAUUGACACUGUUGGCAGACAAGCAACCCUUGAAACGAGUCGCUGAACCUCAAGAUAUUGCCAAUUUAAUCGCUUUCCUCGCAUCUGAUGCUUCAAGAAACAUGACUGGUUCAAUUGUUGUUUCAGACACUGGCUUAUUAGUUGCUGACCCUUACAGAUAAUAAGAAAAAAUCUUUGAUUAAUUAAAAUGUCAAAAUUUUAUAUAUUUUACACAAUUAAAUUACAAUAUUGGAUUAAAAAGUAAA